AUGGACCACACCUGUUGGCACAGAUCAGUAUGCGGAACUGCAACCUACACGUUGCCAGGUAAAAACUCCAGUCAGCACAAGACCUCCUCUGCUAAGAAGGCUACUCCCUCCACACCCUCUGUCCCAUCACAUUCUUCCCAUCCCUCAAACCCUCUUAGUAGAGACUCCAGCCAAGGAAAGCCCUCUCCCUUUAAAAAGUUCACUCCCUCUACAUCUUCUACCCAGACAUAUUCUUCCCAUCCCUCAACCCCUCUAAGUCUUUUUGGGCCCAUUUCACCUGGCGGUCCACACUCUCUCGUCGGAAUUGAAGGAGACGUCGAAAUCCGCUCACUAGCGCAGCGGGCUGCACACACCUUUCUUCUUUCACCCAGUUCCAAAUUUCCAGCUGGCGUGAUCAUCAUGCCUCCUAACGCCGGAUCACAUCAAUCCCAAGUAGCAGGUCGUACCCGAGGGGCCUUUGACGUGCCACCAAGACGUCGACUUUGGCAUGACUCCCUCCGUCUGUUAGGACGGACACAGUCCGACACCACAACAGGCCGGGACACCCCGUCAAUCGUCGAAUCUCGAUUUGUUGACUGUUCCAUGUCACGCAUCGAUCCGCACUAA